AUGCCAAUCGUCGAACGCGAAUUAGACGGGUUCACACUACCAACCUCCUCCCCCAAAUCUGGGUCCUUGAUCAAAUCGUUCGAGCUUCGGACAGCUUCUGAGAAAGGCCGAUUCAAGAACUUUGUGUAUACAUUAUCCUUCCCACUUCCCAAUGUUUACCGAAUCCUCCUCAUUGGUCCUGACAGACCAAGACCCCCUCACGACAAUGUUGUGUUAGCCGAUAAACCACUAGAAUUCAAGCUUACUUCGUUGGACCAAGCUAAAUGUUCAGCUACAUUCGAUUUCCCCACUUCUGGUUCCGAUGAGCUUGAUGGCUCAGGAAGGAAGAGAGAACUCGAACUGACGUGGAAAGAACACAUCAGACUUUACGUGUAUGAACAUAUUGGUAAAGAGAAAGUUCGAAUACUUGGUGAUUUACCUAAUCGAUCAUAUGCUUUAACGGAGAAAGGUAUUAUGCGACAUUGGUGGAUUGAAGCAGAUAAUUUGCAUCUGGGAUUAGGUGAAAAAGCAGCACCCUUGGAUCUCUCAAAUCGAUCUUUCACAAAUCACGGUUCAGAUUCAGCUGCAUAUGACGCGUAUAACACCGAUCCUCUAUACAAACAUACUCCAUAUUUGAUUUCGACUCCUAAGCCAACUAAAGAAGGUGAAGAGUUGGUUUCGACUUAUGCGAUUUAUCAUCCCACCAACUCAGGAGGUAUUUGGGAUGUAAGGAGAUUACAUGAUGAUCCUUGGGGAUUCUUCAAGGCCUAUACUCAGGAUUACGGUGGAUUGGAAGAAUGGGUAUUAGUUGGAAAAGGUGUUAAAGAGGUAGUAAGGACUUUUGCGGAGAUCGUGGGAAAACCUAGACUCGUAGGCAGGGACUGGUUAGGUUAUCUUGCAUCCGGAAUGGGUUUAGGAGAAAGUGAUCAUCCUAUUGCCCAAGAGCUACUCUCGACUUGGCCUGACUUGUGCAAAAAACACGAUAUCCCCUGUUCUGCCAUGCAUCUGUCAUCAGGAUACACGGUAGACAAGACCAAUGGUAAUCGAUACGUGUUUACGAUGAACACCAAGCGAUAUCCCGACUUCAAGGGCAUGGUUGCGCAUUUCCACAAGACCGGAAUCAAGGUAGUCCCCAACAUCAAACCCUAUGCGCUCCAAACCCAUCCUCACUAUAAAAGACUAGAAUCUGCCGAUGCUCUGUUCCGUGAUCCUGUCAUCGAUGAACCCGUCGUCACUAGAAUCUGGUCUUCUGGAGUAGGAGAUAACGAGAAGGGGAGCUGGGUUGACAUGACAAGUGAAGAAGGACGGAAAUGGUGGGCAGAGGGUGUUAAAAGUUUAAUUGAUCUAGGUUGUGAUGGUAUGUGGGACGACAACAAUGAGUUCUAUUUGCAUGAUGAUGAAUUCGUCUCCCAAACAUCCUUCCCUCAUGAAAUCUCUUCUCCCAUUGAGGGCAAGGCGACUGUGGGAUUAUUAGGUCGAAUGAUCAAUACCGAACUCAUGAAUUAUGUUUCACACUCGACGUUGGAGAAGGUUCAUCCCGAUAGGAGAACAUAUGUUUUAACGCGAUCUGGAAAUGUUGGAACUUUCAAAUACGCAAAUUCAACUUGGUCAGGUGAUAAUUGGACUUCGUGGCACAAUCUUCGAGGUUCACAAGCUAUCCAACUCAAUGCUGGAAUGUCUUUAAUGCAAUCAUACGGUUCAGAUAUUGGUGGUUUUGGAGGCCCGUUACCUUCUCCCGAGAUGUUUGUCAGAUGGGUGCAGUUAGGUGUUACCCAUAGUAGAUUCUGCAUACAUAGCUUCAAGCCUGACAAGGAGGAUUCAAGCGGUGCCGCUCAAACAAACACUCCAUGGAUGUACCCAGAGGUUCUUCCUAUCAUUCGUGAAACCAUUAAAUGGCGAUACGAAUAUCUUCCUUUCUUCAAUCAUUUGAUGUGGCUUUCUCACAAAGAAGCCCUUCCUUCGACUGCUUGGUUGGGUUACGGACCUUUCGCUUCUGAUCCUGUCUUAUAUACUCCAGAGAUCUUGGAAGGUUUCGAUGCUUGGUUGGGUAUCGGAUCGAUCUUAGUUUGUCCAGCAUUAUUUGAGGGUCAGCUUACCCGAGAAGUAUAUUUCCCCAAAGGAGGUCAAGAUGAUGAGAGUUUGUAUUUCGAUCUUCAUGCUCCAUAUGGAAGGUAUAGAGCUGGGUCUAGGAAGACAAUCGCAACUCCUUUAGAACACUUCGGUCUUUUCGCAAGGGAAGGUGCAGUCAUUCCCGUUGGAAAGAACUACGCUACUGUAACUCAACAAGAAGGUCCUUCAAGAACCACUCCAGAUGGCGUAGAUGUUCAACUGGAAAAUGAAGGCGGUUUGGUAGGGUUGGACGACUGGAGAGGAAUAAGGAUAUUCCCUUCUACAUCUGGAAAGACAUUCGAAGGUCAGUGGGUGGAAGACGAUGGUAUCUCAGCUAAACCAUCAAAAACAAUUAUUAAAAUUGUAUAUACUGGAAAAGAAGAUGAAGUAGAAGUAAAAGUUUCAUUCGUUGAAAACGGAUUCCAAACCCUAUGGGGAAAGCAACUGGAUGUUUUAUUACCUGUUGGAGACGAAAGGAAGAUCAAGGGCGCAAAAGAGGGUGUGAAGGAUGGGAAGAAGAUUUGGACUGUGUCAAUCGCUUGA